UACCUGAACGUCACUUCCGGUUAGGAUACCGAGAAAGGUUUUGCCUGGGUUUUGGGUGAUAAAACCAUACUUUGGUAUUUGUUUUGCAUAUCGGAAGGGCCUAUUUAUACCGAACUUAUUUUAUAAGUUUUAAUGGAGGAACCUUUUCAAUUGAUUUAGUGCAGUAGAAGUUUGUUGACCUCAGGGCUUUGUUUAUGUUUUCGUGGCCAGCACAACAUCGUGUGAUUCGCAGGUUUGCGUCAUGAAGAUAAUGACAACGAACGAUUCUCAGUGACGAACGGUUACUUAAUAAUGGCUCUACAGCUUGAUGAAGAAAGGAAAACCUGCUGGGUGUGUUUCGCUACUGAGGAUGAUGAUAGUAGUACCCCAUGGGUCAGGCCGUGUCGGUGUAAGGGAACCACCAAGUGGGUCCAUCAACUUUGUCUCCAGAGGUGGAUAGACGAGAAACAGAAGGGAAAAAGCACAUCCAAAGUGGCCUGUCCUCAGUGCAACACAGAGUACAUAAUCGUCUUUCCUAAACUCGGCCCAUUAGUGUUUGUGAUGGACAAAAUUGACCGAAUAAUUUACAAGGUUGCCCCUUUUGUUGCGGGAAGCAUCUUGAUGGGCUCUGUGUACUGGACCGCCGUUACCUAUGGUGCCAUCACAGUGAUGCAGGUUCUAGGACACAAGGAGGGGCUAAAUGUGAUGGAAGGGGUGGACCCGAUCUUCCUGCUGAUCUGUCUGCCCUCCAUUCCUGUGGUGCUGAUGCUGGGCAAGAUGUGCCGCUGGGAAGACUACCUCCUCCGUCUGUGGAGAAAACACGCUGCCAAACUACCAUUCCUCCAACACUUCCUCUCUACUGUUUGCGGCAGGAACCUGCGUGUUCCCACGGAGACCCAGCCAGACCUCUCUGACAUGCUGACUGCCACGCGGCUCUUUUGUGGCGCCCUCAUCAUGCCCACCAUCGCCACAGUCAUGGGCAAAAUCAUGUUUGGAUCGGUGCACUCCAAUUUCCAACGAACACUUCUGGGUGGUGUGGCCUUCACAAUACUGAAAGGAGCACUCAAGAUCUACUUCAAGCAACAGCAAUACCUGAAUCAGGCUAAUCGGGUCAUCAAAGACUACCCUACAGAGGAGACUGGCCCAACCUCAUCAAAUCGGGUCAUCAAAGACUACCCCUCAGAAGAGCCCCGCCUGUCAUCAUCAUCCGUGUAAGGGGCCGUGAGGAACUUAUACGAGCUCCACUCACCACUGAGACAAAUCACCCAGGCCCAACAUAUUCAGAAAGUUUGCCAAAUGUAUUUAUAAAACUAGCCCAUGGUGAUUACCUAAGUAUAAAUCUGACAUAUUUUGUGAAGUGUAUGUUUUAAGCCAGCUUCGUCUGUUGGUGCUGUGCUGUGUAAUGCUGUGGAUCAUAAUAUAUAGCUGUACCGGUACAUAUCAAGCUAUAUAUGAAUGGAAUUAAUAUUUACCAUACAGUCAUUGCAGUUAUUCUUGUUUUUGAGGAGACACCUUAGACAGUGGUGUCUUCAGGACUUACCUGACACUAACGGUGUGGUACCUGACCAGACAACUAGUAACUGUCGUCACCUCAGCAUCUGCUCCCAUGUUGUGAUCUCAUAAGCUGUUCCAUUGUGUGAUAUUUCCCCCUCAUUCCCAGUCAUUUAUAUUUGUUAACGAAGUAUGUACAUGUAUUGGCUGGACAUUUAGUUGUAUGCAGUACUUGAGUGACUAUUAUUGUUGGCAUGAUAUAUAAACACUACUUACAUGGUAAAGUGACUUAAUGUGGCUUGGGUAUUUUCUCUUUUUCAGUACCAUCUACAAAUCUGUCUGUAAAUGAAAUGAUGUAUAAUCAGUCUGUUAUGUAUAAUGUUACAACAUCUCAUGAUUUCAGGUAACCUCAUAUGUCUUUAUAUUUUUCUGAGUACUAAUCAGUGAUCUAAAUACAAAGCUUUGCCGAUUCUGUUGAAACAGAACCUUCACAUUGAGUGUUGAUGUGUCUGCAGUUCUUACAUCUUGUGAUGUUGACUUGCUCUCUCUCAGUGAUAGUAUUAGACUGAUUUUUUGAGGAGAGAGCUCACAGGUUAAGCAAUAAAAGGAUCACAGAGAAACAUCAUGAAUUCUAUGAAUUCAGGAUUCAAACAUUUACACCCAUAAACUGAAAAUAAAACAAGUUUUUUUUAUCUGUUAGCAGCUGUUGGUUGGCUUCAAGAGUUUAUUUAACUUGAUUUGUGUUUUCUGUGACUAUAAUGAAGUAUUUUAGAGGUCUAUACUAGAUUGUAGAUCUUUAAUUUGAAAAAAAAGAGUAUUUUGCAUGCUGAAAUUCAAUACUAGUGUUUCUUGUUUAUGAAUAUAAAUUUGAUUGAAUAAAAUAUUUAAGUAUGUAAAAGGA